AUGAAGUCAAUGAGAUAUUUUGGCAAUGACAGUUCGUUAAAAUGUAUCAAAGAUAAAUCAGUCGACUAUGCUUUUGAUGUAGUAGCUGGUUCCUCUCCAUUACAUAUUGCCUGUUUCAUGGGUAGGACAGAUGUUGUUCGUUGUCUUCUGCACCACGAUGCUCAUAUUAACAUUGCUAAAGAAGAUGGCACAACUCCAUUAUACUAUGCUUGUGAAGUAGGACAUACUGAUAUAGUACAGAUGUUGUUAGAGAAGAAUGUUAACGUUGAUUUAUGUGACAAUAAUGGCUUUACACCACUGAUUAAAACAUGUUUAAAAAACAACACCAGUACAGUCCAGCUAUUAAUUAAACAUAAACCAAAUAUAAAUGCCAGAACAUUUGAUGGAGGUAAUGCUUUGUUUUUCAGUGCAAUGCAUGGAAACCUAGAAAUAACAAAUCUAUUGUUAGAGAAUGGUGCUGACUGUAAUAUCUGUAUCAAUAGUAAAGAGCAUAUAAUAGAUACACUUACCAACCAUGUAUGGCAAACUUUAGAGCAAGAAAAACAAGAAUUGUAUUAUACUCUUAUGAGUAAUUCACAAUCAAAUGUAAGGGAUUUUGUCAGUAAGAAAUCAUUAGAUUAUGUCUUUGAAUUAGUAGCUGAUUCUUCUCCAUUACAUAUAGCAUGUUUUAUGGGUAGGCUAGAUGUAGUCCGUUGUCUUCUGGAACAUAAAGCUAUUAACAUUAACAUGACAAAAGAAGAUGGCACAACUCCAUUAUCAUAUGCGUUUAAAGUAGGGCAUACUGACAUCGUAAUGAUGUUGUUAGAGAAGAAUGCUAAAAUUGAUUCAUUUGACAACAAUGGCUUUACACCGCUGAUUAGAUCGUGUUUCAAUAACAAGACUAGUAUAGUCCAGCUAUUUAUUAAACAUAAAGCUGAUAUUAAUGCCAGGACAUUGGACGGUGGUAAUGCUUUAUAUUUCAGUGCACUAUACGGAAACCUAGAAAUAACACAGUUAUUGUUAGAGAACGGUGCUGACUGUUAUAUCUGUAUCGACAGUAAAGAGCGUAUAAUAAAUACUUUUACCAAUCAUGUAAAGAAAUCAUUAAAGCAGGUAAAAGAAAGUAUACUAUGUUCAAUUAUGUUGAACAAUAGAUCACACAAAAUAGACGAGUUUGUCUUUAAGAAAAUGGCAGAUCCUAUUUAUAGAAAACCAGUGCACUGA